UUCCGCGCCGCCGCCACUUCAAGUUGCAAAAUCAGAAACGGCAAACAAGGCUGUCGGGAGGAGAGGCAUUCAGAGGAGUAACAACACCACCACCACCACGCCGGACACGCACACGCAAGCACACGCCCGGCACAAGGCUCGGCUCUUCCUCACUCGAGCACACGGCAGCACCACACAACACACGGGCACAGCCACCACACGCGGUCCGGGCGCUACGGGCGCGGAGGAUGUGCGGGCAUAGAGGAAGCCGCCGCGCCGCCGAGGAGGAGGAGGAGGAGGAGGAGGAUGAGAGGGAGGAGGAGGAGAGGGAGGAGGAGGUGGAGGAGGAGGAGGAGGAGGAGGAGGAGAGGGAGGAGGGGAAGGAGAGGGAGGAGGGGAAGGAAGAGGAGGAGGAGGUCGCCGCUCGCCGUUCGCCGCCGCCGGGGCCCGGCCGCCGCUGCUGCCGCUGUCGGUGCUCCUGCUGCCGCUGUCGGUGCUGCUGCCGCCGCUGUCGGUGCUUCUGCUGUUGUGGCCGCAUGUCUUGCUGGCAGCUUCACCCUCCUGCCAGAGGUCUGAAAUCCGCUUUGGGACGAAGGAUUGCGACAAAGAAAGAACAAACUGUUAAAAGAAAGAAAAAAAAAAAGCUCUGAAAUGGGAAGACUGGGAGCCAGAUGAAGAGGAGAAUCCUUCAUGAUUUCUGAGAUCAGCAUAAACGCUUGAUUUUGCCCCGAAAUAAUGAAGAGAUUUUCAAUGAGUUCCCUUGGCCAAGCCGUCUCUAUUGUAUAUCGCAUUGAUAAAAAGGAUGUUAUUGACUAUGCAACAGUAGGCUCCUUUCCUCUCUCCCCCCUCUUUCCAAAUAAACUCUCGCUCCUGUCUCUUGGUCAGUGAAAAGGUGAAACGAAUAAGAUUAAAUCGGACAAAAAAGGCAAGCUCGGUAUGUGUAUCAUCUAGAUUUUACUCCCCAGACUGUGAAGAGACAGGGAAGUAAAAGAGGCAGAGCAAGGCACGGAGAGAGAGGGGGAGAGAGAGAGAGAGACAGAGACAGAGACACAGACAGAGGCAGAAAAGCCUGGGAGAAGGUGGACGGACCCACAGCAGCCGCAGCCCGGCUCCUCCCGGCCCCGGCUCCCGCGAUCACGCCGGGACACCCCAGCAUUUCAGGCAGCACUGGACUGCAGCAUCACACCCCUCUCUGGAAUGCUAUUCCCUCAAGACUCCCAUGGCACAGAGAGAUGGAGCCUCAGAGACCCUGAUUCACAGAUUUUUACCAGAUCCCAAGACCAACAUGCCUUAGGACUGACCUAGAGGAGCAAUCUGCAACCUCCAGCAUCUCCCAUCUACCACAACAGCAGGCUCAAAGUAAAAGUUCUAUCAGCUGGGGAGAGUUGCUCACUUCUUUGAAGCUGGCUCUUGUUUCUCUGAAAUCAGAUUCCUUAUUCCCAGGACUCCACUCUGUGAUGCCAGCACAAACACACAUCGGCAGCUGCACAGCGCUUUAAAGAGUUAGCAAGGAGCUAUCAAACAAUUACUUAUUCCAUUUCAGAUCUCCAUCCAUUAUUUUCACUAAGAGAGUUUGAAGUUGGGGGAAUAAAUAUCAGAGAAAGCAAAUAAAUAUUUUGGAAGCCUGAGAAUCUCACCGAAGGAGAGAAGCUUACCUACUGCUACCCGAAGAGGCAAGACCUGUAGGUGAUAAAUGCCAACAGGAAGAAUAACCCCUUAAAAAUAGAAGAAAACCUUAAAAAGUGCUUGAGUUUUCACUCUGAUGAAAACAGAGUUUUUGUCAUCUGAGCCAUUGUCACUUCUUGUGAUGGUUGGUGCAGUUCUGACUCUUUCUGCUUUUGGACAGCAGGAUGUACAGACUGGACUCACCUUUGAUAAAUUAUAGAAUUACAGAACACCAGGGUUUGGAAGUGACCUGAGAAGAUCAUCUAAUCCAGCCUCCCUGCCACAUCAGGAUCACCCAGAGCAGGUCAUACAGGAAUACAACCUCUCUGGGCAGCCUGUUCCAGUGUUUUGUCACUCUUACAGUAAAAAAGUUCUCCUUACUUUCACAUGGAACCUCCUAUGCUCCAGCUUGUGCCCGUUGCUCCUUGUCCUAUCACUCAACAUCACUGAGAAGAGCCUGGCCCUGCCCUCACAACACUGCCGUUCACAUCUUUAUCAACAGGAAUGAGGUCACCCCCUCAGGCUUCUCUUCUCCAGGCUCAAGAAACCCAGCUUCUUCAGCUUUUCCUCAGCAGAUAGGUGUUCCUUGCCCUUAUGAAGUCCUCUUAGAGUUAGUAGGUUUGUGCUCUGCAUGUAGUUGGGUAGAAUGAAGUAAAUGAAGAAAUUAAGCUUGAAAUUCUUGAAUUGCUUCCAAAUUUAACUGUUGCUAUUGUUACUGAGCCUAGAAUUGACCUGUUCUGUGUAUGUAUAUGAAAUACAAGCUGUCAUGGACAGAAAUUGACUCUUACUAUAAACAACUGUACAUUUAUCCUUUGGCCUGAAGGGUACGAUGAAUAAAAACAUUACAAGUUUCUCCUGAAACCAUCAAUACUGGAAACAUGAACUGUUUCAGAGGCAUUAGUGUGACAGGGCAUUGCUAAUAAUGCCACUAGCAUCCCUGUCUGGACAACAACAAAGCUGAACUGCCACCCCAACAUGAAGGCAAACAGUCUUCCGUAAGCUCAUGAGAAAAAAGCCCAACAAACAUCGAGAAGCCAAGCUCUGCUCUUUGUCCUCAAGUUGUGUCUUGGCUUGAGUGGUAUUUAUUAAUUGUAUUGGUGGAAGUGCCACACUGAAUAUGAUUUACCAUGGUGACGAAGAAAGUUUCAAGCUAAUCCUUUCAGAUCCUUUACAGUUUUCUCAAAUUUUGGCCACCUAAGCUCCACAUUUCUUUGCAUUUUCCUAGGUGAGAAAGAAAAAACAACAAAAAACAAACACUGAAACUUUUUAUUCCUGAACGGAGGAAGGAGAUUCUCAUAGAUCCAAUUAGAUGUGCCUUGUUGCUGGGGACGCAAAACUUGGAUAACUCGACAGGACACUUUCUAAUGUUGUUUCUCAAAGUAAUCUUUGAGACUGCAUAGAAACAACCUUCUCCUUCUUCCCUCCUUUCACAUUGAGGGAGUGAGAUCUACUUCUAGAAUCAACCUGUGCCCAGGGUGACUUUCCCUGAUUGCACACCACCAGCUGAGUGGCCAAUAUUCCUGUGAGAAUGACCACUCGCACAGAAUCCCAUCAUGGUGAGGAUGGGAAGAGACCUCUGGAGAUCAUCCAGCCCACCCCCCCGAUAAAGCAGAGGCACCCUCAGCAGCUUGCCCAGGAUCACAGUGUGGGGCAGUUUGGAAUCUCUCACGAGAAGAGGACUCAACAAACUCUCUGGACUGCCCACUCCAGGCCUCCACUACCUCCACAGGUUUUAGUUUGUGCCUGUUGCUCCUUGUCCUAUCACUGGACAUGACUGAGAGAAGUCUGGUCCCAUCUUCUUGAAAAUCAUGCUUUAGAUAGUGAUAAGCAUUGAAAAGAUUGGUAACUCAAACUAUGCCAUUGAUUUACAGCCUGGGUCUUCACCUGUCCUCAUUUAUUAACCUACACAUCAGUGCAUCCAACUGAUAAAAUGCCUACAGUGCUAGAAUUUCAGGAAAUUAUUGUGUAAAUGGACCAAAUCCUCACCCACGUUGAGCAAUUUGGUAAUUUUACAGUGGGAGUAAGAGGUGUGAGCAGGUCCUGGGAGACAAAACUUGCCAUCAUCUUUCUGGGUGGCUUAUCCAUCUUUGUCCCAGGCUGGUUUAAUUUCACUGAGAACAUAUUAUUAUGAGCAAGGACAGAAAGUGAGAGGGAACUAGUCAGGGUGGGAGUACAGUCAAGCUUUGCAUAAACCAGUAGUUCAGUCAUUCACCCAAAAACCAUCAGAGGAUCAGUCCUAAUCCCUGAAUCAGUUAUAAAACAACAUCAACAUGGAAGACAGCUCUGUGCAUUUUUGGAGACACGGGGUUGGAUGUCAGCUUUGGGGAGACAUGUACAGAUCUGAGUUACAGUAAAGCAGAGACAGGCAUCAACUCAGGGCUAAGGAUUUCCCCAGACACUGUAAAAUUAGGUUAUUUUAUAUAUUUUUUAUCCCCAAAGACUUUUUCAAGCAUCUGAUUCUGCUUCUAAAACAGUCAUGAGUAAAGAAAGAUAUUGAGGACUGUAUCUGUAA